AAUCUCCACCAUUUAUUUUAAAAUCAAAUGAUUCAGAUUCAUUCUCAUAUUCUCAUAUAAAUAUGUCAUUCUCAUAUGAUACGCCCUCUUAGUUAUAGUAUAUUUUAUGACGAGCUAUUUAUUAUGGUCCUACAAAACUCGAAGGAUUAGUCUCUGCUGUCGCAUGCAGAGUAUACCGGGUUUAUACCAAAAUGAAAAGUUGCUAAAAAUAGUACUAAAAUGAAAAGAAAUAUGAUUUUCCACAAUAAAUUACCUGUCCGUUUAAUUUGGAGAGAAGUUAUUAGAAAUUGAAUUGAGAAGAAAAAACAAAGAAAAUAGAAGGAAGGUUAUAACAGAAAUAUACUAAUAAUAAAUAGGAAAAGGCGAAAGCAAAGAAAUAGCAUAACUAAAUUUAAUCAAUUUCUAUGAUCUUUAGAUAUCUAAUCUGUAUCCUUUUCUUUCACCCCAAAAUCACUCUCCAUUUUUAUACUUUUUAACCGCAAACAAAAACAAACAACAAUACAUGGAGAAAAUGGAGGAUGAAUCUCCCAGGAAUAAAGUCAAAUUCCUCUGCAGUUAUGGCGGGAAGGUUCUUCCCCGACCCUCCGAUGGAGUCCUUAAGUAUGUAGGCGGCGAGACUCGCGUCAUUUGUAUUCCUCGCGAUGUAACUUUCGCAGAUAUGAUGAAGAAGGUGAGUGGCGUGGUUGAUGGCGAGGUGGUGUUGAAGUACCAGGUGAUUCCUGAAGAACUUGAUACAUUGGUGACUGUUAGAACAGAAGAUGAUCUGAAGCAUAUGAUUACGGAACUUGAUCGGCACGAGAGUGGUGGAUCGCCAUUGCUGCGCGCGUUUCUGUUUCCAUUGAAGCCGUUGAUAGUUGACAACCAGAGUCAAAUGCAAAUGCAACAAGUAGUAUCGCAUCCACCUCCUAUUGAACCAUAUUUUUUAGAACAGCGUUACCUUGAUGCCAUCAAUGGAAUCGUACGCCAAAGCCCCGGCUCCAAAUUUGCGGCUUUCUCUGCGUGUUCUUCACCAAAAUCAACCUCCCCGGAAGGAUGUACACCCGGGGAAUCGCCAUUCCACCAUCAAGGUAUGCCGCAGUUACCGAAGGGUAUGGUUUCGAUGCAAAGAGUGAGAAGCUCUCCGAGUUUAUCCAGCCUUACAAGCACCUACAAUAAUACGCAACCGUUACAGCAGCCGCCGCAACCGCAUAAUCAUGGUAUUAGUAGAAGUAGGAGUAGUCAUUAUCAACACCAGCACCACCCUCUUGUUGGACUUAAACCAAUACAAGAAGUAGGGAUGGGAAUGGGGAUGGGAAGAGUAUCUCCAUCUCAGAUGAGUAUGAACAUGAUGACAGAUAAUAUGAGUAGUAGCAGUAGCAGCAGUAGGGGUAUGAAUUACUAUUACACCAAUGCAAAUAGACCCCAUAAAGCUUAUCCAUACCAUGAUGAUUCAGUUGGUCAUGUUGUGGUUGAAAGAGUUCAAUCAGUCCCCCGGAGUCCCAGACCGUACUUAGGUGAAUGACACUAUUACUUCAUUCCUCUCCCACUCUUUUCUCAAUUACAUUUUUUCAUUCUUUAGUAUAUAUAUAUGUACAUUAGAACUAAAGUGUGGUGAGCUCUUGUAAAUCAGUAAUUGUAAAUAGUAAUGUUUUACAUUUUACAUUUUACAAAUUAAUAGAUUAGAUUGUUGACUUCCAUACUAUCAUUAUUGGGUUCAAGAAUUGGAUGCUUAUGUUGAGAAUCUAAGCUACUUGAUUCAUUCCUGAUUAACAUGCAAACGAUCAUUCAUGUUUUAGGAAGCAAAAGAGUAGUAUCAUUUCACCUGAAAUAUGCAGGGUUGUAUCUUCUUAGGUUUAGGAAAAUUUAUCUUAUUUUUUCUCAUAUCAAAUUACAACAUUUUCAGUCUGUAAACUCCAUCCACAAUACCUUGUAAUUCACAGACAAAAUUUCCCAAAGAUACAGAAACGUGUGCGUCAAUGAGCACCUAUAAUAAACAAAUAAAGUCUACUUAUAUUAAGAGAACAACCGCUCGCACUCAAUUGACAAAAAUCCCUAGAAUUUAGAACAGGAGAAGCAUAAAAUUAAAAUAUUCCUAUUCAAUAAUCUCUAUAACUCAUUUAGAGUCGGUAAAAUCAGCAUCAAUCACAUCUCCGUCAGGCCCCUUGCCUGAAGAUUCUGAAGGUCCAGACUCGCUACCAGGUGGUGUAGGUCCUGCUUGGCCUGCAGCUCCAGGUUGGUUAUAUAGAGACUGGCCAAGCUGCAUGACUUCCUGGUUGAGGGCAGCCAAGGCAUCUUUAAUUGUUUGAGUUGAACCGCCGGUAAUAGCUUCUUUAAGUUCUACAAGUUUAGCUUCCACCUUUUCUUUAACAGGGGCAGGAACCUUCUCUCCUAGCUCUUUCAAUUGCUUCUCAGUCUGGUAGACAACAGAGUCGGCCUGGUUCUUGGUGUCUAUUGCAUCCCUCUUUUCUUUGUCUUCUUUUGAAAAUCUCUCUGCU